AAUUUUUCAGUGAGAUCUGAUCUCAUCGAUCGUUCAUCACUAAGAUUCAAUUUCGACAUGGUUCCGAAUGAGAACGAGGACGAGGACGAGGACGAGGAGGGAGGCGACAAGGUCCUCCUUACUGAUCUAAAUGGUGAAACUCGUACGAUCUCAUUUCCGGGCUGUUACCGGGUCAAGUUAUCAUUCAGAAUGCUACAGCCAAUUCAGAAUCCAUAUAUCGAGGCUUUCUUACAACUUGGACAAAAUAUUCCUUGCCGAGCAGAAGGUCGUAGUAUGGCAUCAAAUAUUUGUACAAAUAUUACUCGUGCGAAUUGGUGCCCACAAAGUAUCAACGACCAGCUACGAGGGAUGCUUACCAAUAAGGAAACAUGCCAGUUCUGUCACCUAUGUGAUUCGAUCAAAGAAGAGGCAAACAAAAGGACUAGUGAGCUGAAGCAGUACGUGUUCAAUGAAGGAUCAGAGAAAUGUGAUACUCAACAGGACAGGCAAACAUUGUACUUCAAGAUGUGUACACCAUCCCGUAGAGAGAUCAAUGAACGCCAUGGUGAUCAACGUGAUAAGCUAGAAGAAUAUUGGAACUAUCUGAAACAGGGUAUACUGACAGCUGUUGUCCACGUAAUGGACAGAUCGGAACUCGAUGAAAAUCGGCGGGAGCAGUGUCAAAAGAUGUGCAAUACCUAUACGGCCAAGCGCGGAAUCAGCUUCUCCUACAGGAACACGCUAUUGAAAUCGAUCGAGUCGCUGUGUACGCCUCGUGACAAUUAUGCUGCAUGCGUCUACCAUACAGUAAAAUUUGAUAUUAAUAGUGAUUUUUGA